GAGAGAAACGUUUGGCCCUCGAAUAAUAGUUGUGCUUUUCCAUUUUCUAUAUUUGUAUUCAUAUCGACAGUAUUUUUUGCUCAUAGUGGCAUAUUUCGGAAAACAUGAAUGAGGAUAUUUUGACCACUCUGAAAAUACUGAUCAUCGGAGAAAGUGGAGUGGGCAAAUCCAGUCUUCUUUUGAGAUUUACAGAUGAUACAUUUGAUCCAGAAAUUGGUGCAACAAUUGGUGUGGAUUUCAAGGUGAAAACCCUGGCUGUGGAUGGAAACAAAGCAAAGCUAGCAAUCUGGGACACAGCAGGUCAGGAACGUUUUCGAACUUUAACACCCAGUUACUACAGAGGAGCUCAGGGUGAAGACCGUGAGCUAGAGCGAGAAGAGGGUCUGAAGUUCGCUAGAAAACAUUCCAUGCUUUUCAUAGAGGCCAGUGCUAAGACGAGAGAUGGUGUUCAGUGUGCAUUCGAGGAGCUGGUGGAGAAAAUCCUGCAGACUCCAGGCUUGUGGGAGAGCUUGCACAAGACAAGAGGUGUUGCCCUGUCUGAACUCUCUGAAACCGGUCAAGGAGGCUGUGGAGCAUAUUGCUCACUUCUCUAACACACAAACUGCUGUUUAAACAGUGCAGGUUAGAUUAGUUAACGCAUACGUAUGCAGGAUACAUAAACCUUUUUUGGCCUAUAUAUCUGUGCAAGCACACAAGCAACACUCAUAUCUCAUGCUUAAAGCAUUAUCAUUUAACGGGUCCAGCGAUAUAAGGACGAUCACUGGAAAACUAGAUAAGCCUUAGAGGGGACCUUUCACACAUUUUUUAGCGAUGAAAUUCAUUUAAAGAGCUCUAUUGAAGGCACGCUCAUCAUUUUUAUUCAGGAGGGAGAUAAAAAACUUGAUUACUCUAUUAUACCUCAGAUCAAUUUGCUUCUCAGUUUGUAUAUUUCUCGUAGUGUUUUACUUUGUUUUGUCCCAGUGCCUGUGUUUCUUAUUUAGGGAGAGGUAAACACUCAUCAGUUUAACUCGACCUUUCAAACUGCUGGAAUGAGACCUCAGUAGAACAGAUUUCCAUCAACAUGCCCUCGCUUGAUGUCUGCAACGUGCGGAACUCCGUUCCUUCUUUAUCUGUCCAUCUUUGGAUCCCACUUUUUCCUACUGUCAAUCACUUGUUAACUCUCUUUCCUCUCUCUCGCUACAUGUAUCUGUCUUCAAUUCAGUUCUAUCAGUUCCGUCUCUGUUUCUCCACGUCCCUCUCUACAGAAUAAUAGAGUUACCAAGGAUUUUGGAUUUGAGUUUUACUACUUUUAUUGACUUGGACCGCCCACAUAAAAAUAUGUUUUUGAAAAGUUUAUAAAUCAAACAGAUUGGCACAACAAGUUUCUGCUGUACAUAUAAAUGAGGGUAAAAAAUAACUGGAAUACCAUAGAAUAGAUUAAGGCUAAGAGAAAAGGCUAAUUUCUUUCUUUUGAAUAUAGGAAUAUUUUCGCCUGCAGAUUCAGGGACACUUAUUGUCUUGACAUGUCUGUCCAUCUCAGAGAAAGGAAAAAAUUUAAGAAAAUUCUUAGAGUGAGUCAUUAGGGUGUGACUAUAGAUGGCUGGUUUUCUCACACAGAGAAAUGGAACAAAAGAACAAAUUUAGAAAUAAUAAAUGUUCGCCAAAAAAAUCUAUGACACUUAACAGCGAUGCCAAAUGAAUAUUUCCAUUCUCCUAGUUUAAUCUGCACUAUCCGAUCUGGACUAUUUAGUCUGUUAUGUUUGUUUUAGAGAGACAUCCAGGGGGUCCCAGAUGUCUGGUCUUGUGUUCGUAGCUUAAAAACUGGGUGGUAAAUUCCUGUUGAGAGCCAACCUCAGUUACAGCAGUUUCAGAAAGUGUGUGGCACAUGUGGAAGGAAACGCUGGGUUUGUAUAUACACCCACAGAGUAUUUUCAUUUUUGCGCACUUCUGCAUUGCUCUUCACUUGUUUUGAAAAUGCAAAUUAUUAGGCAAUUAUAAAUGUAUCGUAUAGUUUCCAGUUGCAUGCAGUGAUGUCUUCUGUGCUUUUUAUGGCAUUUAUAUGUAAUGGUUUAUGUUUUGACCAAUCACUGCAUAUAAAAAUCAU